GGUGGCCGGGCGAUAGCAGACGGCGGGCGGAUCUCGGGACUUGGCGCGUGCUGGCGGCGUGCGCAUGCGCCUCAAGUUGGCCGCUGCAGGCGGCCGGCCUGCGGCGGCGCGGGGCUCCUGAGAGGCGCACUUUGUGCGAGCUGGCACUCUUCUCGCUCCUCUCGCUCACACCUCCAUCACCACCCAGGCAUGCUCCGUCUCGCCCGUCCCGCGCUCUCGCCGCUGCGCAGCGCCGCCCGCGCGCUGCCGGCCGCUCGCUGUGCGCCCAGCAGCCGCGCGCUGCAUGCCAGCGUCGCGCUCGCCAACCACGCGCGCACCGGCCUCUACGACUUCCACCGCAAGCACGGCGCCAAGCUGGUGCCGUUUGCCGGCUACGACAUGCCGCUCUCGUACGGCGACGUUGGGCAGAUGGCCAGCCACAAGCACGUCCGCACCGCUGCCGGCCUCUUCGAUGUCGGCCACAUGGUGCAGCACCUCUUCACGGGCGCCGGCGCCGGCGCCUUCCUCGAGUCGCUCGUGCCGACGUCGAUCAGCAAGCUCGAGCCCUACUCGUCGUCGCUGUCCGUGCUGCUGAACGCGCAGGGCGGCAUCGUCGACGACACGGUCAUCACCAAGCACAGCGACGAGCGCUAUUACGUCGUCACCAACGCCGGCCGCCGCACCGAGGACCUCAAGCUCUUUGCCGAUGCGCUCAAGGCGUGGCAGGGCGCCAAGCUCGAGCACGAGGUGCUGGAGAACUGGGGCCUCGUUGCGCUGCAGGGGCCCAAGUCGCAGGACGUGCUCGCCUCGCUCACCAAGGCCGACCUGGCCGCGCUCACGUUUGGCAAGUCGACGUACGCCGACGUUGCUGGCGUCGAGUGCCACAUCGCUCGCGGCGGCUACACGGGCGAGGACGGCUUUGAGAUCUCGAUCCCGCCGGCGGAGACGGAGCGCGUGACGCAGGCGCUGCUCGACGUGCAGCCGACGCAGCUGGCCGGCCUGGCGGCGCGCGACUCGCUGCGCCUCGAGGCGGGCAUGUGCCUCUACGGCCACGACCUCAACGAGAGCGUCUCGCCGGUCGAGGGCGCGCUGGCCUGGGUUGUCUCCAAGGACCGCCGCGAGAAGGCCGACUUCCCGGGCGCCGAGCGCAUCCUGCGCGAGCUCAAGGAGGGCCCGCCGCGGCGGCGUGUGGGUCUCGUCGUUGAGGGUGCACCGGCCCGCGAGGGCGCGACGAUCUAUGCCUCGGACGAACGCACUGCUGUUGGCGUCGUGACGUCGGGCAUUCCCUCGCCCACGCUCGGCAAGAACAUCGCCAUGGCCCUCGUGCAGAACGGCUCGCACAAGAAGGGCACACAACUGUUCGUCGAGGUGCGCAAGAAGAUGCGGCAAGCGACCAUCGAGAAGAUGCCGUUUGUGCCCAACAACUUCUACCGCGGCGCCUAGACCGCCUACGCGGCUGCCGCGGCCAAGGGAAGAAAGCGUCACCAGAGACCUGCUCAAUAUCAUAUCGCGAUCGGAGG